UAGUCACUAUUAAACUAAAAUGAAUUUUGACGUGAUUCUCGGAGGUCCCUUCACCUCAAUUUCUCUUAGGUGGUGAUUCCAAGUCUCUUAGGUGGUGAUUCCAAGUUUCUAUACGAGAAACGCCAAAUUCAAUGUUUUCUCAAAAAAUUGGUGUACGUGACAUCAUCUUGGGCGUUGGAUGAUAUGCUGAAAACAAUAUAUAACACUAGUUCCUAAAUGACGGAAAUACUCCUGGUUUUAGUGUGAAAGGAAAUCGAAUCGAGCUAUCGAAGAGUAGUUUCAAUUUAGGAGAAGAUGAGCGGGCUAGGAACAGCGGACUUCUUCUACAGAGAAGCUCAGCGUCUAGGCUACGUCGCACGGUCUGCAUUCAAGCUGCUGCAGAUGCAGAAGCAAUACAAACUGAUAAAACCCGGCGCAUCCGUUCUCGACCUCGGAUGCGCUCCUGGUGCUUGGCUGCAGGUAGCCUGUCAGAGCUUGGGGCCUAUGAAAAAUGGUGGCAUGGUUGUGGGUGUUGAUCUGAAGAAGGUGAAAGUUCCUUCUCUUCAUUGUGAUACGAGAGUGCGAACAGUUUGUGCUGAUGUUAUGAAUCUUCCAAAAGAGCAAGCUAGGUUGCUCUCACCUAAGGGGAAAGGAUUUUCUGUGAUACUGUCAGAUAUGUGUCCCUUAGUUUCUGGAAUCACAACUAAAGAUGCUGCUUUGUCAGUUGAAUUAGGAAUGCGAGCUCUUGAUUUGGCUGUUGGUGGAACUGUCUUAUCUCAUCCUGACAGUGAUAUUGAUCAGGAGGAGCUGUCCGAUAGCUCUACGUCUAAAUCAGCUGGCAAUGGUAUUCUUCAACCUGGAGGCAAUCUUGUAAUCAAGCUUCUUGAGAGUGAAGAUGUGCAAGAGUUUAGCCAAAUUUGCAAACCCCGUUUUAGGAAGGCAUCAUGGUUAAGGCCCAAGGCAACACGGUCAUCUUCAAGAGAGAUUUAUUUGAUUUGUCAGGAUUUGUGGUAGUUGAUGAAAAGUUGCAGUAUUUGAUUCUUUUCCAACUGUAGCAGUUGCCAAAUUCAAGAAACCAAAAAGAAUAGUAUCUACUGGAUCACUGGCAGUAACCAAGAUCUCAAAUAUGUUUGUCUUGUCUUGAGGAUUAGGAAUUGAAUGUACAAGGAGUUUUAUCUUGUCUUGAGGAAAGAUUACAUAGAGAAUUAUAUUACAUUCUUUUUUAAAAACUUCGUAUCACCACUCUCAUGUGCAUAAGCAUAAAGCCAGACGGCUAUCAUUUCCAAAUUUUGUUCUACUACAUAUAAUAUGCAAAAGGGGAUAUGCUUUUACAGUUGAGAUCGACAGCUGUUGUGUGCUACUAAUUCUUGAGUCUCACUUAGCACACUAUGCUAGCUCUCUUCCUGAUCCAUAACUUGUUAUUUUUAUUUAUUUAUUUAUUUAUUUAUUUAUUUCUUUGUAAGAGAAGCUCCACCAAAGAUUACACGUUUGGCCAAGGUGGAGGGUAAUUUAUAAACGAGAUAAAAGCUGUUUUGAUUUCUGGCCAGGUUUGUCAUGUAGUGAGCCUUACUAUUGUUUUUCCUAUUCAUAUACAAGAAAAGACAAGUGUUAUUGAGCAUAUGGUUAGGGCUACAUCCAUGUCCUUAAAACUUGUCAAAAAGUAAUACAAAUUGUUUUUUCAUCAGUUCAGAUUAACAGACUUUUGCAUUCAGUUGGAUUGCCAAUGUCAGUGUCUUUACAUUUCACUUCAUUUUUUUUCUUAUAAUUAAGCUGAUGAUAACUAUAAUAUUCACUAUCAAAGUCAUAAUUAGUAAGUCAUUUGGUGCAUAUGAUUUUUUGGAGAAGAUCCUACUAAGGAUGUUUUCUUAUUGCCAAGAUGUUCUUAAUGUGCGGCUGCAGUGGUUUGUUGGGACAGUGUUCAGAGUGUUUUGUUGGUAGCAGAUCCCUACUCUCUGGCCAUUGCAUGAAUUCUACAAUUUAUUUAUCCAAUCUUAGAUUUCUUCCUCUAGUGAAGAGACUGUAGUCCCUUAAGGCUGUGUUUGGUUUGAAAGAAAAAGGCAGGGAAGCCUGUACAAGGUAAAGAAGACUACAUUGAACUGUUCUUGAAUAUUUGAAUAUGCCAGCUAGCAGAGACUGUAAAGCCAUAGUAGAGAUACACCACAGACUCAGAUCCAUUCUUGUUCAUACCAACAACCAUACCACCUUGCUAAUCAACCUCUAAGUUGAAGAAGUUAUUGUCAAUCCAUUCUAGGUGCCUUACCCUUUUAGGGGAUGCUCACCGAUGUGUAUGUUUUUUCAAGACAAAUACAGUUGCCUUGCCAUAAAAAAUAUAUUGAUUUUGCUGAUGUGGUGGUUGUUUUUGUUUUAAAAACAAAACCAAUCAUGUUGCUGAACAUUCCUUUAGACUGAGCCAACCUUGUGCAGUUGUUGAUCAUGCCAUCUUGCUCAGCUGGUAAUGCUGGUACAGGUGCACGGUGGUAGCAAUUCGUUUGCCAGGUAAUCUGACAUACGGACUGACUUGCUAGGUAACAAUUGGCUUAUAAAAACCAUAGCCAAGCAGUUGCCUAAAAGGAGGGAAGACAAAAUUUGUUUCUGGGCAAGCACUCUCCCCUAUUAUUUUUCAAUCUAUCUUAUGAACCCUCCAAGUUGUAUGCCUUGUUAUUUGCUGCUAUAAUGUGAUCAAUGCAGCUUUUUAUGCUCUAUUUUGGAAGAGUGCAAAUACAAAUAUGUUUAGUUCAUAAAAAUGCAAGGUUGCUUUAGUUUUGCAAUGAUAAAUAAACUCUUGCUAAAUGAUUCUUAGUUGUGAUGGAUACAAAUAUGAAUUCUAAGACUGUAAUCCUUCUUUUUGACAUUGGCCAAUUUUGUUCUCAUUUUGAAUGCAAAUAUGUCUUGGAUGCACUCUGUAUGGCCCGGUACUAUGGUUUCUUUUUAGCAGGAUCUUUUCCCAACUCUAGGAUUGGAAAUUGAUCUUCCCAUUGAUAAUUGUCAGCAACUUUUGGUUGCUUUUCUGAAUCAAAGGUUGAUCAAUUAACCAGCUUAACUACCUAUCUUUUAUGUUACUUAUAUCAAUUUCCUUGACAGGAAUUGUCUAUGGGCAAAUCUAGCCCUAUAUUUAUGAAUAAUGAAAUAUGGAUAGAUUUUUUACCAGACAAUGGAAAAAUGUUCAAUUUUAAAUGUCCAGUUGAUCUCCAAAUACUGUCACAUAGAGAAGGGUGAUGGUAAAAGUCAUGUGGCACCUGUUGUUAAGCAUGUACUUGUCAGUUAGAAAAGAAAAGCAUGCUCUCUUGUGCCAGUGCACGAAAUUUUACAGGGGCUUCUGGUUUCUCCAUGCAUCUUUAUGGAUUGAAAUAGACUGAUCUAUUUUGAUUAACACAUGGUAGACCAAGUAAUGGUAAGGUCUAUAUAUAAAAAGAAAACUCUUUACAGAUAUUGUCUAGCAAAGAAAUCUCUUUACAACCAUGUGUCAUUUGACACUUAUUGGCCUCCAAAUGUUAUAAUUUACAUACAACAAAUGUAAUAAUAGUAGUAUGACAUCGUUUGCUUUACUGGACAACCACAUAACAUUCUCUAACACUCUUUCUUUUUUUAAUUAGCUUCCAGCCUAACUGGUAACUUGAGUUGUCAGUUUUUUCUUCGCAAAGCAUCUGUUCUGUUCAACAUAUGGUAGAAUGAAAUCUCUUCUCUCCCCAACUGAUCAUAUCACUAUCGAAUAUGGGUUCGUCCUAGUGACCAAAACUCCUGUAUCAUGGACAGGUAGGUGCCUAGUAUACAAACAACAUGGGGAUAAGAUCAACCAAAAUAUUUGGUAAGAGGAUUCCAAAUUCAAGGAGAUGACAGUAAUGCUUACUGGUGGUGUUUUUGCCCAAGGGAAGACAUUCCAAAAUCGCAAGGUCUCAUCCCCUGCUCCAGUAACAAUAUUCUGCAAGCAUAUUCUAACUUUAGUGAUCAUGUUCUCUUGUGCAUAUCUCUGGAAAUAUCCAUGAGUACUGGCUAGCUAGCUCAUAGACAUUCUUACUUCAUGCUAAAUUGCAGACCUACAAACGGAGAUAUUAGUAAUUGGUACUUAAUUAUGGCCAAGGAGUAUAUUAGUAGAUAUCUCAAAUACAUGCAAGAAUAGAAACCUGACUUCCUGUGUCUACACUGUUCAACUGGUUGCCAUUUGUGGUGUUCCAGAAGUGAAUACAUCGAUCAGCAGUUCCUCCCUUCUCCAGAUGCAAGAAGGCCACUCUAGUGAGUAGACCAAGUAAUGGCCUUGACAGCAGCUGUAUGCUCUGUAAGUUUUAGUAUUGGUUUCUGGGAAUGCUGGUUCCAUACUAACAACUGACCAUAAACAGGAAAACCAGUUAUCAGUUGGUACUUUUGAAGUUGUAUUUAGAAAUUGAGAUACAGUAUCUGAAUAUCUGAUUGGUGAACCUGUGGUAGUACCUGAUUAUCAUUGCCACCUGAUGCAAGUUCCCUAUCAUCGUGAGACUACUACUUUAGCCCACAUACCUGACAAAUUGGAAACAAAGAAAUAUCAGAUGGUUGUCUAGGCUUGAUAUCCCAUUCAACAGACCAAAUUUUACAUGCACCAAGAGCUGCUAGUAAGUUAUAACUCUGCCUACACUAUGAGAAAGUCUUAUGUUCAUUCAUUACAGAUUGGUGCAGGAUGUAUGUACAGAACAUUACUGAUAAAUUCAUUUAAGUUUGUGGUGA